GUAACAAAUCGAAAUCUUGACCAUUUCCAUUUCUGAAUGACAUCUUUUUCUUAAGAUUUUUUUUUUAGGGAAACGGCAUCAAAGGCAAGCGUCUGACUAGUCGGAAGAACAAGACUUAAUUUAAACGGCAUAUACUUUACUUGGAAAGUUAUCGAAAAUCACUCGUUACGCUCACUGGGUUUUGGACUGUCUUAUAGCCUGUGAUGGAGACCAAAAUUUCAACCAAGCGGGGCCAAGGUCUCAAUCAAACGAUUGCAUAUGAAGUUGAACAAAACCUCUUGCUGGGUGUUUGCAUGAUCAUCUUUGCAUUUGUGACUAUCAUGGUGAACUCUGUAGCCGCCUACUACUUGCUUGUCUUCAAGAAAGCCUCGAAAUUCAACCAGAAGCAAUACAACAACUUCCUGAUGGGCUUGCAAGCAGUCACGGGAAUUUUCCUGGCGCUCACUGGUUACAACUGGUCGGCGGUUGCCCAUUUGACGGGUGAAUGGCCGGUAGGCGGUGUCGGUUGUUUCUUAGGCACGUUUUGUUUGCUGUUCUUUGGAACUAUGACUGUGAUGAUAACUCUGGUGAUGUCCGCUGAAAGGUUCAUCGCCAUGUGCUGUCCGUUCUACUACCAACAACUGAUAGACUUUCGCAAAAUCACGGCAGCAGUUGGUUACACCGUGGUACAUUCGGCCAUACUCGCUAGUCUUCCUCUGACGUUGAAUAGUGUCGAACUCACAAAGCAGCCCAUAGCUGUGUGUUUAUACUCGCUUACGUCGCACAGCUUCAGCGAAACAGUCGUGGUGCACGCAUUUGUUUGUAAUUUCUCGCUCUCCAUCAUUUUGAUGCUUAUCAUGAACGUAUCAGUCUUGAAAGCUUUAAGGAAAAUGAACCGGCCUGUAGGUGUGGGGGUGAUCAGAGCUCAAUUUGCCGGAGAUCGAGAGUCCAUCAUCCUGUCCAACCUUACAGGACUUAUGGCUUUGUCGUAUUCCUUGUGUUGGCUGCCAAUUGUGGUAAGAAAUUAUAUAAAAUAACUUGGGGAAAGUGGAGGGUGGGGGGUGAAGGGCAGUCCCCUUUUUCUUCCGAUCAAAUCCAGGAUUCACACAAUCUCCUUUUACAAACGUCGCUUGCCAUAUACUGUUUUAUUAUUUAGAAUUGUAAAAAUUUCGGUACAGUAUAGUAUUUCUACACAACGCCUUGUAGAGGCGCGGUGACUUAAUGGUUAGUGCGCUUGUUCCAGGAUCGAGCGGUCCGGGUUCGAGCCCUGGCCGGGUACAUUGUGUUGUGUUCUUGGACAAGAGACAUAACUCUACCCAGAAGUAUAAAUGGGUACCGGUAAAUUGUUGGGGACACCUAAUAAAUUGCCGGGGAGUGACGUGCGAUGGACUAACAUCCAGUCCAGGGGGAGUAGAAAUACUUCUAGCCGCUUCAUGCUACAGAAACCGGGAUAAGCUCCGGCAGCUAUGAGGUAGUCGGCUCGAAACCUUCACUUUUACUUCUACACAACAGUAAUUAUGGAACAAGGCACCUGGGGGAGGUGGAGGGUAGAUUUUUUUCUGCACGAACCCUUGACUAACAUGAUGAGCUGCAGUGACGUAAACUGCUGCAUGGUACAAGCUGCCAUUGCUUUGUUUUGUAUGUUUAAUUUAAUCAUUGAAUCAAUAUCUCAUUUAUCAUAAGAUAAACUGAUCCGUGAUUAAAAAAGCGCUGUGAUUGGUUCCAUGACUGUUCUUAAUCAGUCCACUAAAAUAACGCGCCCACGAAUUAGUUUAACACUAGACGACCUGUAACAGUUUCUCACUUAACUACCAGGUUUCUAUUCAGAAUUGAGUCCUGGUAGGGUCUCUGAAUACGUACAUUUCUGUAAGUAUAACGGGCUGGUGCUAAUCUCCUGUUUAAGUAAAUGAAAAGACUAGGAGUUUUUCUAUUCUCUCUAGAUGGGAUGUAGACUUGACCACAAGUCGAGCUGCGAAAGCAGAGAUCGGACAGAGAAAGAUGUCUCGACGCUUGAAAGUGUUAAGAGCGCGGGGUGGGGGUGGGGUAAUUAAGGAACGACUACCUUAAACCGCGAACCUGGUCGCGCCAAGGACUUUGAGAAAGUCAAGCGGGAGAAGAGUGCUAAACCAUGCAGGGUUAUUUCCCUAGCUCUUAUUUGACGAUAACCAUUAACACCGGGGUAGGGAGAAGCAUUGCGAGAAGUUAAGCUAGCGCUCCAACUAUUACGCCACCGUGUUUCCCGAUGAAAAACGUAUCUAUCGAUUUCUAAUUUUCUCCAGGUCCGAGUGAUGCUCAUUUAUCACGCACACUUCAACAGUAUUUACUUCGACUUACUGGCGUUUUCAUUGUCCACCGCUGACCCAUUUGUACAUCCAGUCACUUGCCUACUGGUGAGCCAGCGAUAUCGACAGGGCUACAAGGCUGCCAUGAAAAACAUCCUGUCCAUAUUAGGCAAGUGGACAAGUGGUUCCGUGUGCGCUUCGAAAGUGCAUGCGCAUUCAACUCACUCUCUUAGCAGUAGUGUCAGUCAGUCGGACAGUCACAGCAGAAAUCUUGGCAGCUGGAACCAUUCAAUCAAAAUCAACGGAAGAAGCGUGAUAAGGAACACCACUACAAGAAACUUUCUUCAACUUGAAGUAAUCGUUGAAGCUGUAGAAACGCAAGAUUAGCGUGCAUAGUCACCUUCUAUGUACCACUUUGCGAAUUUUCUCCUCUAAAAGGUCCAUCAGGGCGUGGAAUAUCACGUGACUCGUUGAAAAGAGCACUUAGUAAUUUCUUUUUGCAGUUUAAUUCUGAUAAUUCAAGUAGAGUUCGCCGAACAGGAGUCUGCAAUGCUAUGGACACCACAGAGACACAACGAAUAAGAGCCAGAGUCCUGAAGAAACGUCUUUUCGAUGACUUCUUGCGCGUGAAAGUACUGACUACUGACGAAAUGCAAAAUCGCGUCUUUCAAAAACUCUGAACAAUAACUUUCACUACAGACAGAUGGGUUAUUACCGUAAAGGUAGAAUACAAGGUACAUAUAUUUUUUGGGUGUUAUUGGCCAUGUAUCACGAUCAUGCCAUAAUUCUGCUUUAAUACAAGAGAGACGACUAAUUGACGCCAGUUUUCCAUGCAUCUGUCCUGUUAUUGAUCAUGAAUUUCGUCAUGAC